AUGUGGGCUUAUGAAGUGGCUGUUGACUGUGUGCGGACAAGCGGGUUCACCUGUGAAGAUUCUGUCACCCCCAUAGUUUCGGAGGCUGAGAAAAACAUUGAUGUUGUCUUGGGCACACUCGGUGACCUCUGUACACCAGUCCUCUGCCAGAUCAGGCAGGCUCAAGGCUGUCUGACACAGUUGAAGUCAUUGACGGAUGUGUGCCUAGGUAUCACGGAGGCCCGCAUUUGUGUGGCGGGUCACACUCGGGAAUGUGCUGGGUCAGCUUUGAUAGAAGUAUCGAACAUCCUCAGUGAAAUACAAGGGAUUCAAACAGAUAACUGCUUUGAGACACCAGUCAGAAACCUCACCACGUGCUUCGCUGAAUACAGCACCGUUGUGGAGCAGAUCCUGAACGCUGCGGGCACUAGCCGUGUACAACGCUUGUGUGCCGUCAGACAAACAAAACUGGCGUGCAUAAAUACAGAGCUGUCAGUAGUCUUCUUGAAAAACAUGGAGUUUGCAACCAUCCUACAAGAAAUUUUCGUGCAAGGCGAAACUUUUGUCCAAAAAGUUUGUAGUGCAACAGUGCUACCUGUGCUCACAGAGUGUACUGUUAAACACUUGCUCCAGUGUACAGAUGGAUUCCUGAGUUACCUGGCCACUGACGACACACCAGAUUAUUCGGACCACUGCAGAGAAACUGUGACCUUGUCCACUUGUGUCAACAACCUGCCCCUGACCUGUAUUGGUCAGACAUUGGCAGUGGUUUCCCAGGUCAUGGUUGCUGUGAAUACGGUGCAACAGUUUUGCGAUCUUUGCGAUGACGUGGCACUGUACGGAUGCAUUGCGACUGCCAAUGCACUCAUGAAGACAGAUUCAGCGUGCAGGGCUGUAGACGAGGCAGAAAGAUGUAUCACAGAGCACUCAGGCAACUGUAGUGCGUCAUUUAUCGCAAAUCGCCGCUCGGACGUGGACAACCUUCGCUCACAGAUUAAGUGCCUUCCUGAUAAUCCCUGUACUGUAUCGCUUGACUGUGUAACUGCCAUAUUAAAGCAGCUCUCUUUGUUGUCCAGACGAGAGAAGUGCGACGCAGUGGUGAGAGCAGAGGCGUGUGUCGAAUCUUUGGAUAUACUGCAGUGUAAAGUGGGGGUGAGAGAGGACAUAGAGGGCACUCUGAUGCCCAUCAGGGGGGCAGUGGACGACUGUAACAUUCCCCACUGUCAGCUGGAUAUUGAUCAGAACAAGUAUGUAAAUGAGGGAGAGACGCGUAUCAUGGACAUUAUGUGCACUGAAGACCCUUCACUGUACUGUGACCAAGAUGGCGCCACUUGCAGCUUUGAGAUAACCAUUUCAUUUGCUCAGACCUCAGGAACAACACCAAGCUGUUCUGACGGAAGUUUCAUACCUCAGUUAGUUGUCGGUAACCAUGACAACUUGUCUGGGACCAGCUUCUGCGGUGUAGUUGUGGACGGCAGUAACUGGAAUGAGACACUCUCUAUACCCAUCACAGCCGUAUCGGAUGGAAAGUUUGAUGGCCAACAAGAAUGGAGGGUUGCCUUGAUGAUGACAAAGUCGUAUUCUGUCUCCAGCAUAGCAGAUUACUCAGUGCAGUUUGCUUCUUUUGAUGUCACUGUGCUGGACAUGGAUCGCAGUGUUUCCACCUGUUCUGUCAUUGCAGAUCCUCAUAUCAACAGUUUUGAUGGCUGGUAUCUCAGCGUUUACCUAGAAGGUGAAUUUGUGCUAGCCAGGCAUGGAUCAGGAAGCUACGAGGUCCAUGGCUGGUUCCAGUCGUGUGGAGGUGAUGGAUCCUGCACCUGUGCUGUUGCGGUGCGCUCGGGGGAUGAUGUGCUAGUCAUUGACAGUUGUGACCGCCCUGAUGGAUCAGAGCUCCCCCUGGAGGCUACCUUAUACAAAAAUGGGGAGUUAACUCCGGGCACUGUCAUUACCUCAGACAAUGAAGGCAGAGUGCACAAGGUCACACUACCCAGUGGGACACACAUUGUGAUUGAGGUGACCUCUAGGAAAUACCUGAAUGUUUGGAUUCGGGCCUCACCUUCUGAUUGGUCAUCCACAAGAGGUUUAUGUGGUGUUUAUGAUGGUGAUGUUUCAAAUGACCUCUUGAUGUCAAAUGGCACCAUCUUUGAUCCAUCAGAUGAUGAAGAACUUAACAUUCCUAAUGUCUUCUCCAACUCGUGGAGAGUGGACAUUGCUGAUACGUACAUAGAGGGAGUGGAUGCAGGCCUUGUGCUUCAACCAUUAGCCACCCACUGCUCCUGUGCUGCCACCUACCUGUCAGGGGAGGUAACCCAAAACGUCUGCAUGGAUCAGUUACACAUUUCAACCUGUGACCUAAGUAUCAACCCUGAAUUCGGGACAGAAGACUUUGUGGAUUCAGCCAUUGAGUCCUUGAUCACCAGAUCAAAAAGACAAACCAACAGACGACCUUUACCUCGUAUCGACCUAAAUUAUGACCCAGAGAUUCCUAGCUGGCCGUCAAAUGGGUGGUACCAGGAGAAUGCUACAGACUUCUGUGAUGACUUCCUGUUCCGCCAGUCCAACCUCUCCCGUCAGUGUGGAGAAGCCCUUGAAGACCUGAAUCUGAAGUAUGUUCUCUCAGCCUGCGUGGAUGACAUUAAGGUGACUGGUGGUAUAGACUGGGCACUGUCAGCAUGGAGUAGUAUCCGCGUGGCUUGUGAACAAGAGGCCAGGCGCACAGUGGUAGAUCAGACAAACACAACAGUGCUUCUAAACAAGCUCCUCUCAGCCAGUUGUUACCAGGAUUGUAGUGGAAAUGGCAACUGUGUUGAUGGUUUGUGCAUGUGUGAUGCCGGGUACCUGGGCUCAGACUGUUCUGUCAGGGCUGAUAUUGGUCCGCAGCUUAUGGGAAUUGAUGAGGGUCACAUGUGUGAUGUUAACCUGACCUCCCAAACAGACUGCUCCACUGUCACCCUCCGGGGUUACAGCUUUGUGAACAGCCCGGCUCUUGAAUGCAGGUUUCACCCUGCUAAGGUCUCAAGCACUGGUGUAGGCCUACCAAGCAAUCUGUACUCUUACCACACGGCAACAUUUAAAACUUUCACCAAGAUAACCUGUAUGGUGUUCCAAGAACCGUCAUCACUGGAGGGCCUGUUUGUCUCUGCGAGUAACGGCGAAUCUGUGUACGGAUCAGAGGAGUUUUAUCUCCAGUACGACUCCAGCUGCUACACCUGUGAAAGCACUGGCAACCUGCCAACAGAUGUCAGUUGUACCAUCAAGCCAAACACCUGUGAUAUAGAGGGCCGUUGCUAUCAGGCAGGUCAGGCAAUAUCACUAGAGGAUCCGCUCCGUCAGUGUCAACCCAGCAGUGACCAGUAUGGAUGGACGGAUAUAACUCCCCCUGAAACAACAACAACCUCUGGUCUCACACCUUGUCAGCUGGGACAAAACUGUGUGAACAACUACAAAAUCAUGUCUGCGCUCUCCAGUAAAUCUACUCUGUGCAGUGGCGCAGAGACAGCACGGAUGUGUCUACGUCAGUUCUCUACCACGUGCCCCACAAGUUCACAGCUGGAGGCAGAGUUAUCUGCCCACAUUUCCACCCUCAAUCUCAACUGUCAGAUACCAAACUUCCAGUUCUUGAACCGUUCCACUACCCUAUUCAUUAAAGAAGGGGAGGAGCAGGUGAUAGAGUUUCAGCUGGAAGAAGAUCCUACUCUGUUCUGCCAGGGUAACUGUGAAAUUCUUGUGCACAUCAACAUGGAGGAGAGGAAAAACAGCGCUGGUAUUCUCAGGUGCUCAAUGAGUGGGCGUGUGAUCUCUCAGCUGGUGGUCGGGGAUCUGGGAGACGAUGUCUGCGGAAUCCGGCUGUCUGCCACGAACUGGAACCAGCGCCAUCAGAUCCCGAUUCGCGGGCGAGUAGACAGUGUAUACGAUGGACAGCGAAUCAUUGACGUGACCCUUUCAGCAGAAAAACUGGAGGAAGGCGUCUCUGUCUAUAGCUCUGUUGUCAGAGCUCUAACGGUGUAUGUGGAAGAUGAGGAGAAGAGUUACGGGACUUGCGCUGUACUGAAUGAUCCUCAUAUUGUCACCACAGACGGCAGAUAUUUCAAUGUGUUCUACGAAGGAGAGUUCAUCUUACUCAAGCACAAAACACUACCAUAUAGGGUCCACACAGUGUUCCAGCAAUGUUCUCUCUACGGCGUGAAUGCCAGCUGCACAUGCGCUGUCGCUGUUCAGUCGGGUGAUGACAUUUUCGUUGUCAGUCGUUGCCGCUUAAGGGAGGCUCGUGAGGCCCUUGCAAAGGGACUGGGAGUCUCACCUGAUGACAUCCCGGCCAUGGUGGUCAGACUUUGGGUCAAUGGAGAGAUGACACAAAAUACGAGCAUAGCCACCAGAUUCAGUGGCAAGCAGUUUGAUAUUACCCUGCCCCAUGGGGCUCUGGUGCAGAUACAAGCUACAGAAGAUUUCUUCAAUGUCUGGAUAAAUCCUUCAGUGUUAGACCGUGACAACACAGAGGGAUUGUGUGGGACGUACAAUGGGAAUGUGUUUGACGAUCUUUUGUUCCGAAAUGGAACAGAUUUCUCUACCUUAAUUGAUGGUGACCCAUUGCGAGCCAUCUAUCCAAACGAGAUGUCAAAAUCCUGGAGAGUAACUUCAGAGGAGUCCUUACUGGAUGGCGUGCCCGAAAAAACUGUUACCAUGGAAACCCAUUGCACAUGCCCUGGACCAGAGAUGAUGAGAACAUAUGGUGUAAUGAGGAGAUGUGCUGCUAAUCUACUGGUCGAGUCCUGCAACCUAGAAAUGGAUCCUGAAAUUCAGGAAAUGACAACAAAGGACUUCCUGGUACGUGCAGCUUCUCAGGUGGUUGUCAGGCGGAAAAGACGUGCAGCUGCGGUUGAACCGCUUCUGGACCAGCUGGAUGUUGAUUAUAAUUAUGAACCACAGAGCUAUUUUGCCUGGCCAACAGCAAGUGGGUGGACUGAAGAGAAAGCCAGAGAAUACUGUGAGAACUACCUGAAUCAGACGUCUCACCUCACGACUUUGUGUUCCCAGCUGGGUAACUUCCAGUACCAGACAGAGAUGAGAGCCUGUAUUGAGGAUAUACAGAUCUCUGACGGAGUUGACUGGGCCCUGCCAGCUCUGGACUCCAUCCGAGCACGGUGCGUUGGGGGUAUUGACCGAGAUUUCACCCGCUCUGACACGGGGCUGAUAUCCAAGAUCCAAUCUGCGGCCUGCCUGUCAAAUUGUAACAACCAUGGAAAAUGUGUGGACGGAAAAUGUGUGUGCGAUGAAGGGUUCGAAGAAAUGGACUGUUCCUUGAACUCCCAGGAUGCACCUGUGCUUGCUCGUUUUGAAAAUUUCGAAACUAGAUGUGAAUCGAGUCAAAACAACUGCACAAUUCUGACGAUACUUGGCAGGAACUUUGCCAAGACGAACGGAAUCACUUGUACUAUCGAAGAAAUAGAGUUACACACAAACGGGACUGUCUUCAGGCCAGGGACUAACAUCGCAUCUCGCCCCGCCCAUUUCCUGACUUUUGAGAGCGUGGAGUGUGACAUACAGCAAUCGACGCCUGUGGCAAAACGGCCAAUCCUUGUGUCCCUCGGCAACUCGCACGGCAGUGUGAGCCGCUCACUGGCCUACCUGGUCUAUCACGAGGACUGUUACACCUGUGAAUCUAAUCUCAGGUGUACCAGGAAGAGAGACACUUGUGUCAUUGAUGGGCAGUGUUACAUUAAGAACGAACCUAAACCCACGGACUCGUGUAAACUGUGCGACCCAGAUGUGAUGACAGACCAGUGGACGUACAAUGACAAAUGCUCAGUGUCCAGCAAGGGCAGUAACUCUGACAAGAGAACUUUGGAUAUUGUCAUGGUGGCGUCCGUUUGCACAGCUGCGCUUGUCAUGAUCGUCAUUCUGGUGGGGGUCAUUGCAUUCGUCAGGAGGCAUCGGCGUAAGAAGUCUUCAAGCAGGGAAUAUUUAGCUGCACAGAACUAUUUAGCAUCCUCAACAGGUUUUUCUGGCACGGCUGUUGGAAUGUCCGAGGAUUCAGAGCGAAUUAUCUGGACACCAACCACAGGAGAGUCAGUUGCCAUGGGAGAUAACCCUGUACAGAUUGGGUCACGUCCAACCGGCAUUGUACUAGAUAAAUAUGGUGGCUAUAGACACUACGCCAGCAAGAGUGCUUCAAAUGAGGCAACUCCAUAAGAAUAGAGAUUCUCCUCGUGAAAUGUUACAACACGUGCCAAUGAUUUACAGCCCUAAAUUUCCUAAAAUUUCGUCCAUGACUAAGUUGCUAAUUUUUUCACAUUCACUAGGAAAAUGUCAAUUUUAGUACCAAAAGUGAUAUCUUAUCACAUUUGUUUGCCUCUCAAAAUGCUCUUUGUGGUCGAAUUUUUAGAUCAUUUAGGGUAUGUGCUUUGUUUUUCCCUUGACUUCUGUACAAAUCUGUACAAGUAUUAUCACCAUGCUGUAUGUUUAUCUAAAAACUAUAUCACCAGAAAUUACAUUUUAAUAAUAUACAGGGUACACUUAGCAUUACAUUUGAUAUGUGAAACCUUUGUAAAGUUAACAGCAGUAUUCAGUAUAAGGUUAACUUUGAAGUUUUAAUAGCCUGAACUUUUUUCAUAUUGAAUUCAAAUGAACUGAAAAGCACUAACAAAUUACACCUAUAUUUGAAAUAAAAAAUAUUUUUUUAUCUUUGUGGACAAAGUGACAGCAAUGCAAAAAGUACAAUUACCUUUUGUUAAAAAUAAUUCAGAUAUUGUAAUAGACUUGUGUUGGCUAAUAUUGCAUUUUUUUUUCAAAUAGUAUAAAUUUGAUGUGAAUGCCAGUUUUCAUACCUCAUCUACUUCCAUGACAUUCUUGACAAUUAAUGUCUUUAAAAUUUAAACUGAAAUCCUGUAUAUAUUGAAUAUUACGUGCUUGAAAUCCCUUUAAUAUUGAUUGAAAUCCCACAGAUGUUAUCUGAAAUUCCUGCACUGUUUAAAGUUGAUUGAAACGUUUCAGUUAUGACAUCUCAGAGGUACCCAAUAUCUUUGUUGUUACCCAGAAAACUGUUUUUAUAUGUCACAGCCAUCAAUACCUUUGUUAAAAUGUCA